AUGGCCACACCUCUCGGAGAUCUAGAACAGCUGCCAGGAGAGCUCAGAAACAUAAUUUACGAGGCAUUAAUCCAGCAGCGGGGCACACAGCUAGCCUACACAAGCAAGCAAAUUUACAACGAAAUCAUCCCCUACCUGGAGGAAAAGUUCGUGCUGGGCUUCCACAUUGACCCUGCAGACUACUCAUCAGUUGUCCGCAUCAUCAAUCAAAGCGGGCGACCAUGGGGUACGGGAAACCAAAACACCUUUGAUGCACGGUCCCCCCACAUCAAUCGAUCACUCGAAAUGCCACCCAUCGACAAGUUCAAGCAAGUACAAUUUAUCAUCGACGCACCCAAUCCCAAAGAUCCUGGACAGCUCGUGCGGGCUUGGUACCAGGUCACUAGGUUGCUGGACGCUAUGUUGCCUCGGUGGUGUAACCCGAGCGAGUUGCCACAAGACCAAAGCGACAUCGAGGUGCCCAAAGGUCGCCGAGGCUCCAACUUGCCGGCGAUAGAAAUCACUUUCCGAGAAAGCGGGGAAAGAACAUGGGGUGGCCAUGGAAUGUUGAACCACAGUGUUCCCAGCUACGAGGACUGGGUCGAGAACACGCACUCAGUACAAAUUUCACCGGACAGCCGAGACUCCGAUCUGGCCGUGAUUUUAACACCAUUUCUACGGAUUCGAAAUGCUGCAUCCUUACAGGUACGCCUACCUGCUGCAGCUAGCUCUGAUCUUCAUAUCCGUUUCAUCAUGAAUCUUCUGGAGGAGAGGGCGGGUUCAGAUAUUCCUUUCGGGAUGGAUCUUCAUGGACAGGAUGAUAUCGCUGACGCCGAGUGUCUAACCAUGCAGAACACUUUGCACGUUUGGCUUGACUGCCUCCUCGAUGACUUGAGAGGCCCCACCGCCAAUCUCUUGAGAAGGGACAGAUUCCAAUAUUUUUGUCCCGAGUACGAAUAUAAACUGGGCACAUGCCUCCAGGGGUUCGAAGACUCUCGGGGGCGACAUGGGAUAGGAGGAUUGAGGUCCAUAGACGAGGACCUUUGGCACCAUGUGGUCGGACAAUACUUCAGCCGAUUAGCUGCCGCGUAUAAGCAUCAGCAAAUGGCUCAUGCAAGAUACGGAAAGUGGAACAACUUUGCAAAGCGGAACGAGUCUCAACCGGAAGAAAGUUUCGCAUCGGGACUCUGGGAAAAAUGGUAUCCCAGAGGAAUUGCGGCCAAAUCUUUGAAUAUUGGCUGGAAGGAUCAUGAGACACUGCCGUGGUUCUGGAGAGCGUUCCCCGUUGCCGAUCGGCGUCAGGCCACGGCGUGUACGAUACUGGGCGACUUCAAUGCGGGAUGCAGUGAUUGCGUCGGAAAUUCACGUCGCGAGGACAGGAUGAGCUCAGUUUUGCAGUGGCGUCUGUGGGCUUAUAUGAACGGGACUCUUGUUGCUGCUGAGGAGGAGGAUUGA